CAUAUGGACAGCAUCAUGCUCUUCACCCUGCUGGGACUAUGUGUGGGGCUGGCAGCUGGCACCCAGGAUGAAGUGCUGACGAACUUCGACUUAAGCAAGUUUUCAGGAUUCUGGUACGAGAUUGCCUUUGCCUCCAAGAUGGGUACACAUGCCUCAGCGCACAAGGAAGAGAAGAUGGGAGCCAUGAUGGUUCAUCUGGAGGAGAACCUUCUGGCCCUGACCACCACCUAUUACAAUGAGGACCGCUGUGUGCUGGAGAAAGUCGGGGCUGCUCAGGCAGACCAGCCGGGGAAGUUCAAGGUCACCAGAGUAGCAGGAACCAAAGAAGUUGUUGUUGUGGCCACUGAUUACAAGACUUAUGCCAUCAUGGAUAUCACUUUUCCAGUGGCUGAUGCAGUCUACCGGGCCAUGAAACUGUACAGCCGGAGCCUGGACCACAAUGAGGAAGCCCUGAGCAAGUUCCAGAAGAAAGCCUUGGAGUAUGGAUUUUCGGCAACAGAUAUACACAUUCUCAAGCACGACUUAACCUGUGUGAGCACACUGAAAUCGGUGAGUCCCUAA